AUCGACAAAUCCCUCUUCUCACCAGCGUCAUCCAGCGAAACAACAACCACCCAUUGCCGUCGCCAUGUUCCUCCAACGAUCCGCCAUCACCGCCGCCCGCCGCGUGGCCGUCGCCCCCCUGGCGAAGCGCGCCUUCACGACGUCCUUCAUCCAGCGUGACGCCGUCAAGUCUGCCUCUGCCGCCGCCGAGGUCAGGGCCGUCAACCCUUCCAAGACGUUCUCUCAGGUGAAGACUGAGGAUGACCUCAUUGGCCCCGGUGCCCAGGCCGGCUCCAUCCCCACCGAUCUCGAGCAGUCCACUGGUCUCGAGCGUCUCGAGAUUCUCGGAAAGAUGGAGGGUGUCGACAUCUUCGACAUGCGCCCUCUCGACGCCUCGCGCACCGGCACCAUGGAGAACCCCAUUAACGUCCGCUCCGCUGGUGACGAGCAGUACCUCGGCUGCACCGGCUCUCCCGCCGACUCCCACGUCGUCAAGUGGCUGACGAUCUCUCGCGAGCGCCCCAUCGAGCGUUGCCCCGAGUGCGGCAGCGUCUACAACAUGGAGUACGUCGGUCCCCAGGACGAUGGCCACCACCACGACCACCACCACGGCCACGAGGAUGUCAAGACCUUUGCCGACUUCAUCAAGCCCGAGUACCGCUACCUUUAGUGGGCCAAAUGGAGAGGCGUUGAAUUUGGUUCACUUGGAGCGAGCAAGCAGGGACGAUGUGUUGUCGGGGUCGGGUCAGGUAUGGCGCGCGGUGCAGCGGGGAGACGGGGUGGGUGCUCUCGGGGAUGAAGUGAGCACGCUCAGCCUUUGUGUGUAGAAUACCUCGACGGGCCGCUGUAUAGAAAUUCUUUUUUGUUC